AACAAUAUUUCAGCUUUAUAUUAAUUUUUUCAAGGAUUAGUUGAAUAUUAUUCAUUGAGAUUUGCUGAACUUCGACCCGUGUUCAUAUUAUUAUUCAAUUUAAUUAAUAGUCCAUGUAUUAAAUGAAAUAGUUUAAAAGUUUUAUAUACAUUUAUUAUGGCUACUGGUAUGAAAAGAAAACGUGUUGUUCUGAGUUUGAAGCAAAAAUUAGAAAUUGUCAACAGACUGGAUAAAGGUGAGAAACUUACUGCUUUAGCUAAGGAGUACAAUGUUGGCAAGUCAAGUGUACUGGAUAUAAAAAUGAGGAAAGACUCUUUAUUGAAAUAUGUAUCAUCUUUUGCAAAUGCUGAAAACAUGAAUAUGAGAAAAACUAUGAAAACUUCAUAUAAUAAAGAGCUUGAUCAAGCAGUUUUUGAAUGGUAUUUAACCCAUACAAAAAAAGGGAAAAUUUUAUCUGGUCCAGAUAUAUGUAAUAAAGCAUUAGAAAUAAAUAAAAUGCUAGGUGGCUCUUCAGACUUCAAAGCCAGUUAUGGCUGGCUGAAAAAUUUUAAAUACCGUCAUGGCAUUAUGCCAGUUUCUGGUAAUGCAUUAGACUUACAAGUUGAUGGAAAUUAUUCAGCUGAACAUUUCACACAAUCUUCUUCUGAUAAUAUCUGCAAUACAUCUUUUGCCUCAAAUGAUACAACAGUAGAGGCUUGGCCUCGAAAGAAGAGAAAACAUGUAAUGUUGAGUUUAAAAGAUAAACUUGAUAUCAUAACUAGACUUCAUAAGGGUGAAAUGGCUGCAAAUUUAGCCAGAGAAUAUAAUAUUGGAAAAUCUACUGUAAAUGAUAUUAAAACGAAACAAGAUGCUUUAUUGAAUUAUGUGAGUUCUUUUCCAAAUUGUGAUAAUAUACACCAAAGAAAGACCAUGAAGUCUGCAUGUAACAAAGACUUAGAUCGGGCUGUUUAUAAGUGGUAUUCUGAUUGUAUUGAGCAUGGCAAUUUUGUAUCUGGUCCAGCAAUUUGUGAUAAAGCAUUAGAACUAAAUAAAGAAUUUGGUGGAGAUCCAGAAUUUAAAGCUAGUGUUGGCUGGCUACAAAACUUUAAAACACGUCAUGGCCUUCAUUUAUCUAUAAAUGAUAAUGGAAAUGAAAAAAUCAACAGUUUCAAUCCUCCAGAUAUUUAUCUGGAAGAAGAUGAUGCUAAUUCUUCUGAAUGUGAUAGUGUUCAUUCUAGCCAAAACAAUAUUUGCUUUCCUAAUUGUGAUGUUAUUUUAGAUGUUCCUGAUGAAAGCAGUAUAUCAUAUUCAAAUGACAAGGAAAUUUCUUGCAAUGACACUUUUGAACAAGCAUCUGAUAGUAAUGAACUGUUGCUUGCAUUUAAAACUAUUAUUGAUUGGACUGAAAAACAAAAAGAAUGUUCUUCAGUUGAUGUGAUAAAUCUUUUAAAACUUCAUGAGUUAGCAUAUGUGAAAGGGAUGGCUGUUGCAUUUAGUAGUGACGAUUCUGAAGCCAUUAAUCGCAGAGUUGAUAUAGCUAACGAUGAAAGAAGAAGUGAAUCGAUUUCUGUUGAAGAAAUGUAUGAAAUUGAUAAAUGUGUCAAAUGGAUAAAAGAUCAUGAUUUUUCAAAAAUUGCUUUGCAAUUUCCUGAUAGCAUGCUGGGUGAUGCUAUGACUGUUUCUUUAACACUUGGCGAAAUGACUGGAAAACAAGUGUUUGUACUUGGUGACACAUCUUAUGGGAGUUGUUGUGUUGAUGAAAUAUCUGCUGAACAUGUAUUAGCUGAUGCUAUUAUUCACUUUGGUCAUUCCUGUUUAAGUCCUACAAAGCGUUUACCGGUUUUAUAUGUGUUUGGUAAAAAGGAUAUUGAUAUUGAAGAUGUUACAAAUGCUUUCGAAAAGAUCUUUUCUGAUAAGAAAAGUUCUGUAAUUUUACUUUAUGAAGUGAUGUAUUCAUAUGCUAUAGAUACUCUAACAGAUAGAUUAAAGGAAUAUGAUAACCUGGUUGUGUCUCGAUUGGAAAUUCCUGGUGAGAAUUCAACUAUCUCAAGUGAUUCAGAAGUAAAUGGAAAAGCUGUCAUUACAAAAUUACACAGACAUUUUCUGAUUCCUUCUGAAUUAUCAUUAAAUGAUUAUAAAGUUUUUUAUGUUGGCUCAAGACCUGUGACACUUACAAAUUUCAUGUUAACACUGAAGAAUUGUCUGUUUUACUCAUAUAAUCCUGUCCUGAAGCUUGCACAAGUUGAAACAUUAGAUGUCAACAAACAUCUAAAGAGACGGUAUUAUUAUAUUGAAAAAGCCAAGGAUGCCAAUAUUAUUGGUAUUCUGGUUGGAACUGUUGGAGUGUCAGAAUAUAUGUCAAUCAUCAAACAUUUAAAGGAAUUAAUAAAACAGGCUGGCAAAAAGUCGUAUACUCUCGUUGUUGGCAAAUUAAACAGUGCAAAAUUGGCAAAUUUUGCUGAAAUUGAAAUAUUUGUUAAUAUUGCUUGUGUUGAGUCAUCUUUAAUUGAAAGUAGAGACUUUUAUCAACCAAUAAUUACACCUUAUGAACUCGAAAUUGCACUAAAUCAAGCCCGAAAAUGGACUGGAGAUUAUAUUGCAGAUUUUGCUGAAUUACUUCCAGGAGCCGCAAGUUAUAUUCCUUCUGAAAAAAAUACUGAAAUAGAAAGCGAUGUAUCGUUAGUUACUGGGAAAAUUCGUCGUAUAGGAGCACCUACCUCAAAUGAAGUUAAUGAUGAUUCAGCUACUUCUCUAGUCACAAGAAACGAUAUGAAGUUAUCCGCUAUUCAUUCAAAUGCUGCAGGUGAAUUCUUAACACAGAAAAGUUGGAAAGGAUUGGAACAACAUCUUGGUGAAACACCAGUUGCUGAAAUAGAAGAAGGACAAAAAGGUAUAGCAUCUAAAUAUGAAGAUGAAAAAUUGUGAUGACAAUUCUUACAUGUAAAAUAAGAAAUAAGAUUCAAGAAAAACUUUCAUCUUGUAAAAUAAAUAUAUUUUUACAAUGUAAUAAA